GGCUGGAGUCCGGAGAGCUGCGUCUGUCCAGCGGCCGACUGCCCAGCGAGGGCCGAGUGGAGGUUUACUACGAUGGAGAGUGGGGCACCGUGUGUGAUGAUGGUUGGGACCUCACUGAUGCUCACGUUGUCUGCCGCAGCCUCGGCUACCUCAAUGCCACGGAGGCUGUUGCCGGAGGCUUCUUCGGAUCAGGGUCAGGCCCAAUCCUGCUGGAUGAUGUGUCCUGUACUGGAACCGAGACGUCUCUUGCUGACUGCAAGACCAAAGGCUGGAAGAUCCACGACUGCCAACACUCAGAGGAUGCUGGCGUUCGAUGUGACCCCCGUGAGCAGCAGCC